AUGCUGGGCCUGGGGUGGCUCAGAAAAAUGCGGCAGCGCGAUGGGACGGGCAAGCUUCAUGCAGGUUCGGAGCCGCCCCAUGUCCGGGACGACCCUCGCUUCAACGCAGAGGUUGACCAGAUCACCGGCUACCGGACACAGAGCAUCCUCUGUAUGCCGAUUAAGAACCACCGCGAAGAGGUUGUCGGCGUCGCCCAGGCCAUCAACAAGAAGUCGGGAAACGGCGGGACAUUCACUGAGAAAGAUGAGAAGGACUUCGCCGCGUACUUGGCAUUUUGUGGGAUUGUUCUUCACAACGCACAACUCUACGAGACAUCGCUGCUGGAGAACAAGAGGAAUCAGGUGCUGCUUGACCUGGCCAGCCUGAUUUUUGAAGAGCAGCAAUCCUUGGAGGUCAUUCUGAAGAAGAUCGCUGCCACGAUUAUCUCCUUCAUGCAGGUGCAGAAGUGCACCAUCUUCAUCGUGGAUGGAGACUGCUCCGAUUCCUUUUCCAGCGUGUUCCACAUGGAGUGUGAGGAGCUGGAGCGAUCAUCCGACACUGUGACAAGGGACCGGGAUGGGAGCCAGAUCAACUACAUGUACGCUCAGUACGUCACUAGCACCAUGGAGGCGCUCAACAUCCCCGACGUCAGCAAGGACAGCAGAUUCCCCUGGGCGAAUGAAAACAUGGGGAACGUAAGCCAGCAGGGCAUUCGAAGUUUGCUUUGUACGCCUAUAAAAAAUGGAAAGAAGAAUAAAGUGAUAGGAGUUUGCCAGCUCGUGAACAAGAUGGAGGAGAACACCGGCAAGGUGAAGCCAUUCAACCGGAACGACGAGCAGUUCCUGGAAGCUUUCGUGAUCUUCUGUGGCCUGGGGAUCCAGAACACGCAGAUGUAUGAGGCGGUGGAGAGGGCCAUGGCCAAGCAGAUGGUCACGUUGGAGGUCCUGUCCUAUCACGCCUCGGCCGCAGAGGAGGAGACCCGGGAGCUGCAGGCCUUAGCGGCGGCCGUGGUGCCCUCUGCCCAGACCCUGCGGAUCACCGACUUCGGCUUCAGCGACUUCGAGCUGUCGGACCUGGAAACUGCGCUGUGCACCAUCCGGAUGUUCACCGACCUCAACCUGGUGCAGAACUUCCAGAUGAAGCAUGAGGUCCUCUGCCGGUGGAUCCUGAGUGUGAAGAAGAAUUACCGGAAGAACGUGGCCUACCACAACUGGAGACACGCCUUCAACACGGCGCAGUGCAUGUUCGCCGCCCUGAAGGCAGGCAAGAUCCAGAGCAAGCUGUCGGACCUGGAGGUGCUGGCCCUGCUGGUCGCCGCCCUGAGCCACGACCUGGACCACCGAGGCGUGAACAACUCCUACAUUCAGCGGUGAGGUGGUCACCCUGCCAGA